GCGUGUGUCUCCUGUCCUCCAGUCUCUGUCUCCUUGUCAACUCUCACCUUCACAGAGUUACAGAAAUGUUAGAAAGUCUGUCCAACUUCUCAUACGCCUAACAAGCAUCGGUUCUGGUUCUGGUUCUGGAUCGGCAUGACGAUGGAUCUGCUUCUCAUAAUAACUUAGACCCGCCGUUAUCCGUAUAGGACACCUGAGACAUGGACCCGGCGGACCUGAUCCGGAUGCCCGACGAGGACCUGCAGAGGCUGGGGAAGGAGGACUUGAUCCGGACGCUGAGGACUCUGGAGACCCGCAGCGUGGACCUGAUGCUGGAGCACGGGAGACUGAUGAAGGACGUGAACCGGAGCCUGCAGGUCCACCUCCGGGAGAUCCGGAGCCUGAAGGAGGUGAACCAGCAGCUGCAGGAGGACAACCAGGAGCUGCGCGAGCUCUGCUGCUUCCUGGACGACGACCGGCAGAAGGGCAGGAAGGUGUCCCGGGAGUGGCAGCGCUUCGGCCGCUCCACGGCCGCGGUCCUGGGGAGGGACCUGGCUCUGUACCAGCAGAAGCUGACGGAGCUGGAGGCCGGCCAGGAGGCGCUGAGGGCGGAGAACUCCGAGCUCAAGGAGCUGGUCCUCAUGCUGGACGAGGAGAGGAGCGGAGCCGGCUCCCGGAGCUCCAUCGACAGCCAGUCCAGCCUGCAGCCCCGGGACGGCGGGGACGGGAGCAGCACGUCCAGCGCCGGGAGCGGGGGGAGCCCGGACCACCUCCCUCAUCACCACCUCCUGUUCAAGGAGGGGCAUGGUCCUCUCAGGAGGUCCACGGAGGAUGUGUCUGCCCACAGAGAUGUGUCGGACAGCUACAUCAGACAGCUGGAGGACAAGGUGAGGAUUCUGGAGGAGGAGACCCAGCAGCGCAUGUUCCAGAACCCAGCUCAAACCUCCAGUGGAGACUUGUCCCCCACAGGGGUCUACCUCCCUCUGGGUCAGAAACCAGAAGCUGUUGUCCACGCAAUGAAGGUGCUGGAGGUUCACGAAGGGCUUGACAGGCAGAGCUUGAGGGAAUAUGACGAAGAUCUCAGUGAGAAGGAGAAGGCCAUUGUCAGAGAGAUGUGCAACGUGGUUUGGAGAAAACUCGGCGAUGCUGCCAGCUCAAAGCUCUCAGUCCGACAGCAGCUGUCAGGAAACCAGCUCAAAGAAUCAGCGCAGUAGGAGAGAAAACCAGUAAACCCCCAGUUCUGCAGUUUGUGGUGGGUAGUGGAGGAACUGUUCCUCCAAUCUGGGCUGCAGUCAGAGGUUUAACUUGAUGAGCUGCUGUACGAGGCCACCGAGUGGACACACACUGCAAACACACAAAGAUUGGACUUUUUGUAGCUUGUAAUUUGGGGAUCAAGGCACUUCAGCUCCUGUAGGUCAAUAAUAAAAUAAUUAGAUUUAUUCCACCACACCGAUUUGGAGUUUGAUGUGUUUGAGUUAAAACACAAAAUCAAACACAAAAUCCCAUUGGCUCAUUUAAAAUAUAAUAAAUAAAUAUGCUUUAAAUUGUGCUUUUCUGCAUCAUCUUCAGAAACAAGCUGUUCCACGUUGAACUGAGUGAUUUGCUUUUAAAACCUGAACAGAUUGCAUGUCUGAAGAAAUAAAAAAGCACAUUUGACCCCUGAAACAGUCCAUUGUUGCAUAAAAUCUAAUAGAAAUGUCUUCCACUCGUAAAACAGUGAUUAUUUUUAAAUGUGCAGUGUGUAGCUGAGAAUGUAUUUUAGCAAAACUGGUUA